GCCUUGAAAUCGUUGGCACUCACUGAGCAGGAGAAGAAGAAAACAAGCUUGACAAGUGUCAACAAUGGCUACAGAGUUUCUGAUGGAGCUGCUUCCUUCGGACCCGCUGCUGCACAUAUUGUCUUUCCUUGACUUCAGAGAUUUGAUCCACAUCAGUUCCACUAACAGGAGGCUGAAUGAGUUGUCCAAACACAAUCCGCUGUGGAGGUCGCUGUGCUUCAAACACUGGCUGAUCAAAGAUGAGGAGCGGCUGCAGAGUGGGCGGUCCUGGUAUGAGCUCUUCAAGAAGUACUACGCUGACCUGGGCCGUUACAUCCAGCACUAUUCGGUUUUAAAACGAGCAUGGGAACAGCUAACCAAUUUCCUGCGGCAGAGUUGUCCGCGCAUGAUUGCAUCGCUGAAAGAAGGGGCCACAGAGGCAGAGCUGAGCAACAUUGAGGCUCAGAUUGGAUGUCGCCUUCCGGACGACUAUCGUUGCUCAUACCGCAUCCACAAUGGCCAGAUGCUGGUGAUCCCCGGGCUGAUGGGCAGUAUGUCGCUGUCAAAUCACUACCGCUCGGAAGUGCUGCUCGACGUGGAGACGGCGGCAGGAGGUUUCCAGCUGAGAAAAGGGAUGAGACGUUGCCUCCCGCUUACCUUCUGCUUCCACACGGGCCUCAGCCAAUACAUGGCCCUGGAACACACCGAAGGGCGACGCAUGUUUGAGAGCUUCUACCCCUGCCCCGAUCAGACAGCCCAGGAUCCCUCUGCCGUAGACAUGUUCAUCACAGGUUCUUCCUUUUUAGAGUGGUUCACCACCUACGUCAACAACGUGGUUACAGGAGAGUACCCGAUCAUCCGAGACCAGAUAUUCAGGUACGUGCACGAUAAAAGCUGUGUGACGACCACCGGGGACAUCACCGUAUCCGUUUCUACCUCCUUCCUGCCCGAGCUAUCUUCAGUUCACCCGCCACACUUUUUCUUCACUUACCGUAUCAGAAUCGAGAUGUCGAACAGCGCACCACCCGAGGUGGCCUGCCAACUUGACAGCCGCUACUGGAAAAUCACCACUUCUGACGGCAACGUGGAGGAGGUGCAAGGGCCAGGCGUGGUUGGAGAGUUUCCAGUCAUGACGCCAGGAAAAGUCCACGAGUAUGCCAGCUGCACGACCUUCUCUACACCAUCAGAGUACAUGGAAGGACACUACACCUUCCACAGACUUGACAACAAGGAAGUGUUCAAUGUAGCAAUUCCCCGCUUCCAGAUGGUGUGUCCGCCAUUCAGAGAGCCCAUUUUGCGGACGGAGUCCAGCGAUUACACGUCAGGCUUCAACGAUGGCGACGACAGCGAUUGCGGCAACGGCGAUGAAGACGACUACAACAGUCUGAGGGGAAUCAACAUGGCCGCCUUGGAAGGAGCGUGGUGCCACCGGCACAUCUGAUAUUCGCGCUGAUCCGGCGGAGGGUCGGUCAUCGUUUUCGAUGCUGGUGGAUUUGGGGAAAGCCAUAGGGACACUGUUGCCUUGCAGCUUCUCUCGUCUGCACAAUUCGACGGCGCUUGUACAGUUUAUUCAAGAUUUCCAGAGAAAGCGAUUGCGAAGGUACACGGGAGGCUAAGAGUCACUUCUAUUUUGUCCCUUUUGAACUUUUUGGCUGCCAGCAGCCUGAACAAAAUCAGUUAUUUGCUGGUUUAUGCCAGUCUUAUUUUUUGGGGGAGGAAAAUUUUAAUCAGUGCUUUAGUUUGAUCGUAGGCUUUUAUUGCUGAAGGGGUAUUGUAAAGAGGCUAUAGUUUAAUGCCGCAGAACAAAUGUUGCACUCGAUCACUUCCUUUGGUGGCUAAAAAGAGGAUGUUUUCUGCCUUUAGCUACUUUUCUGACCGAGAAGCGUGUUGAGAUCAUUGCUGUUUUCUUGCAGUUUUUGUGGUAAAGUGAUGCAUCACUCUAACGUGAUUGGUGGCUUUGUUUUUUUGUUUGUUUGUGAUGAUGAUUCAAUAAAAUUUCAUCACUAUUUGACCUCAACGCCAACUGCCAUAUUUGAGGCCAUAUUUGAGCAACUGGACAUAAUGGCAAACUACGUUUGAGAGUUAUUUUGCUAUAACCAACAUGAAUGUAUUUGGGAAUAGAAAACAUGUUAGAAGAGAUAAUGAUUGGUUAUCACAUAUGUUGUGUUAUUCAGGGUUUAAAUUCAGGCUGCCUGUGUGGAGUUUUGCCCAAGUUUGGUUUCCAAUUGCCUGAAUAUGUUCUAAUUUGACAAUAAACCCAUUAAUUAAAAA